CAUAGCACUGGUAAACGCGAUGUUAACUUGCACCCCGAAUUGUUGUUGUCUUUGCCAUACACACAAUUUCGCUGAACUAAUAGUUAAUAGCAAUCGACGAUCUACGACCAGGCUUGGCCAAGUCUGGAAAUAAAGAAACAAUCUGCCCAACACGCUUCCCCUUCCGUAGCAUAUAAGCAAAUAGCGACAGGAUGGUAAUUGGACUCUUGGUACGCGGCGGCCUGGUCGCUGGCGCUGUCUACUACACCCGCCGUGCUGGCGUCUGGGGCAAUACGGAACAAACGGAUAAACUCUACAACGAUGUUAAGGAUCAGCUGAGGCCAUAUGUACAGAAGGCCAAGAAGCAGCUGCCGUUCGAGGUGCCACAGCUGCCGCGGGUGGGCGAAAUGCGCUUCCUGGCCAAACACUAUUACAACGAGGGCGUCAAGAACUCAUUCCGAUUUGUUUACAUGUUGCCCUGCUAUGCGGGCCGAGGCCUGAAGAAGGUGAAAGAUACAUUUGAAGAAUUCGCCAAGUCACCAGCAAUCGCGGCCAGCGAACACCAACAGCAGGUGCAGCCAGCGACAAAGUAGUCCAAGAUGUGCUUUCCUUAGCCAUUCGAUAGAAGGCUGUUUUCAUGUUAGUUCGUAGUUAGUCUAUUGAAUACACUAUGUUUGUGUAACACUUUCCCACGAAACCAACUGUCAGAGCAGCUGCUGGCUCUGCUGGGAAAAUCGAAGAUGUCAAGAGCAAAAGUUUUGCUAUAAAAUACUACUUAUUUACCUCUAAUUGUGGAAUACUUAAACGUAUGUCGUUCGAUCUUUUAUGCUAGUAAUAAACGAUAUUAUGUUAUAAACGCCUAAACAAA